CCGCAGACGCCGCCUCGACAUGCGCCCGCCAGGCACGGCGCCGAGCACGUUGAAACGCACCAGCUCGCCGGCCGCCGGCUCGCUUGUGCAGCGCCGCGGCAGCGUCUCGGUGACAGCGCCGGCGCUACCGCCAGGAACGCGGCCGAAGAAGCAGCGAGCGCCGCACCCUGGGGGCAGACGUGUGGCAAUGCGGCCCUGAGCGGCAGCAGACCCGCGGCCGCCACGAAGAUGCUGAAGCCGGCGGCGAGGAACGUGCCAGGCUGGGGCGAGACGAAUAUCAAGGCCGGCCUGCGGGCUUCGUCCCUCCAGGCUGUGCUCUCCAAGCCUCGUCCUUCGCUUCGCACCUCCUCACCAUGCGCUUCGCCCUCCUUGCGCUCCUGCUCCCCGCGGCGCUCGCGGCGCCGUUCGAGCGGCGCGCGUCGGCGCUGCCGUACCGCGACCCCUCGUCGAGCCCGACGGUGCAGACGGACAACUACCUCGGCCGCAACAACGGCACGCUGAAGAACGGCCCGGUCGUACGCGGCAAGGCUUUCGACCGCAUCGUGCAGGUCUGGUUCGAGAACACCAACUUCGCGUCGGCGGCGUCGCAGCAGGCGUUUGCCGACUUUGCCAAGCAGGGCCAGCUGCUCGACCAGUACUACGCCGUCACGCACCCGAGCGAGCCCAACUACAUGGCCGCCACGUUCGGCGACUUCUUCGGCCUGUCCGACGACUCGUUCAACUACAUUCCCGCCAACAUCACCAGCAUCUUCGACCUGCUCGACGAGAAGCACGUGUCGUACGCGUGCUACCAGGAGUCGAUGCAGUCCACCGGCUUCCAGGGCUUCAACAACCAGGCGCCCGACUACUUUACGCCGUCGUCCAACACGCUCACGUCGUACGUGCGCAAGCACAACCCGUGCGCCUUCUCCGAGACGUUUGCGCGCCCCGCGCGCGCCCAGCGCAACCGCAACAUGAACGACUUUGCCGCCGACGUCGCCGCCGACGCGCUGCCGCAGUGGGUCUUUGUCACGCCAAACAUGGAAAACGACGCGCACGACACGGGCGUCAGCUUCGGCGCCAAGUGGCUGCAGUACUUCCUCGGCGCGCUCGUCAACGACAAGCGCUUCAACUCGGACCGCACGCUCAUCAUGAUCACGUUCGACGAAAACGAGACGUACGCCGUCGAGAACCGCAUCUUCACGGCGAUCCUCGGCAACGCGCUGCCGCGCAACCUCAUCGGCACGACGGAGAGCAUGUACAUGACUCACUACUCGAUGCUCGCGACGGUGCAGGCCAACUGGGGCCUCCAGAGCCUCGGCCGCGGCGACGUCAACCGCACGCUCGCCAACGUGAUCCCCUGGGUCGCGGAAAAGACCAGCUGGACGGGCAACGCCGACGUGCCGGCCGCCAAGCGCCCGCUGCUCAACCUCACGGGCGUGUACGCGGGCCCGCUGAGCAACACGCGCAACACGCCCUUCUACGCGCCGCCCGAGCAGCACACCAAGGGCGCUGGCGGCCGCGAGGCGCUGCUGCAGCCGUGCCUCGACGCCUCGGCGACGGCCGACAAGGGCGCGCUGCCGACGCCGCGCGUCGGCGCCAACUACUACGGCUCCCAGGCCAACGUCGGCAGCACGGACACGUGCAAGGUGCAGCCGGGCAAGGGUCCCGCCGGCCCGCAGCCUGGCCCGGCGCCCGCUGGCCCGCAGCCCGGCCCGCCACAGGGCCCUAAGGCGCCCGCCGGCCCGCAGCCGCCCAAGGGCCCCGCUGGACCCAAGUGAUGGCGCCGCGCCACGCUCACCGAGACGCGCAGCUGGGUCGAGUGAAGCCCCGGGCCGCAGCUGCGAUGCAUGACUGAAAUUCCUGACCCUUUGGCAAUGCAUUCCGUCU